CGUGAUUAUUUAAUUUAUUUAAUUUACUUUAGACCAGAGUUAAUAGGUACUUCGCCAGAGACAUCAGACAAGGUGACGCAGACGCAGUUUGACGGUCGCAGGGUAGACUUCAUGCACUCACUUCACACUCCACGACCCAGUGUUUCAACUUCGCCUCUGGGACUACAGUAACAAACACCAUUUCAAAAUGAAUCUCAGCAGACGGUAACAAAAAUGCGACAGAUUGUACAUGGGCACUUCUGGAGGGGCCCAACAGCAACCUGCGGCCGAUUGGUGAAAUCUCAUCAAGUGCGCCCCCAUAUUGGCGUGAUACGAUGGCAACCCUCCGUCGCCCUCAGCACCGACACAGCUAAGAUCGAAUCUUCUUCGCCAGACCAGGUACAGGGACACGGGAAGAGUCUAGCGAUCCCGUCGCAACCACGUUUUAACGAGAUCGGCGUUCAGCAACUCAGUUCCCACAUCCAUGGCCAAAUAUUUCCCAACGGGAAUUCUCCCCCGCCGGCGGCUCUUGUAGAGCUCGCUAAAGAUCACUUGCGCAGACAUGAUCUACUGGGGAAAAAUACCGACAACAGCGAUCCUAUCGCGUUCGACCUGCCCCCACUGCACGGCCGAUCUCUCGACGAACACUUUCACAAACUUGGGGUGGACUGCGCUGAGCCAUACCUAACCAUGGCGAAGCAAUUUGUCGUUGCCAAUGCGCCCCCGAAACCCCGGAAGUGGGUCCGCCGCAGCGGGUGGACCAAAUACCAUGCGGACGGACGUGCCGAACCUGUCGAUGCGCCCGACGAUACGAUCCUUUGCUUCGAUACUGAGGUCAUGUGGAAGGAGAGCUCAUUUGCCGUCAUGGCCUGCGCUCAAAGCCCCACGGCCUGGUAUGCCUGGUUGUCGCCGUGGCUAUUAGGCGAAUCCGACAACGACCGCCACCUGAUCCCCCUGGGCGAUCCAUCCAGAGAGCGCAUCAUCGUGGGCCACAACAUUGGAUACGAUAGGGCCCGUAUUCUGGAGGAGUACGACGUACGCCAAACGCGGAAUGCUUACCUGGAUACCAUGUCCUUGCACGUCGCCGUCAACGGCAUGUGCUCCCAGCAGCGGCCGACUUGGAUGAGGCACAAGAAGAACCGGGAGCUCCGGGAACGCAUUGCCACUCAGUCAGAGGACGUACAACUGGCCGAGCUUCUGAGGAAUAGUGCGCUACGUCAAGAAGAGGAGGACCUGUGGGUCGAGCGCAGCUCCGUCAAUUCCCUGCGGGAUGUUGCCAAAUUCCAUCUCGACGUCGCCAUCGACAAAGCGAUCCGAGACGAGAUGGGAACCCUAGACCGAAAUGGAGUCCUCGGAAAACUGGACGAGAUGUUGGACUACUGUGCUGCUGACGUCGCCAUAACCCACCGAGUCUUCCAGGUCGUGUUCCCCAACUUCCUCUCCACCUGCCCUCAUCCCGUGAGCUUUGCCGCUCUCCGACACCUCUCCUCCGUCAUUCUCCCCGUGAAUACGUCCUGGGACGCCUACAUUGCGAACGCCGAAGCCACCUACCAGAAGCUUUCUGACGCUGUCGUGGAACGGCUGGUUGGCCUGACGGAGGAGGCGUUGAAGAUCAAGGAUUGUCCGGAGAUCUGGGGCAACGAUCCGUGGCUAAAGCAACUGGACUGGUCUGGGCAGGAGAUCAGGAUGGUGAAGGGAAAGAAGAAGAAUGACCCUCCCCGGCCUGCUGCGAGGCAGAAAAAGCCCGGUAUGCCCCAGUGGUACAAGGAUCUGUUUCCGAAGAAUGACGCACCCAUCAACAUCAGCGUCAGGACGCGGAUCGCUCCGUUGCUUCUCAAGCUUUCCUGGGACGGGCGUCCCCUUUUCUGGUCGGAUACAUAUGGCUGGACCUUUCGGGUCUCGAAAUCAGAGGCUCCCAAAUACCUCAGCAAGCAGAUGAUACGGUGCGACUUUAGCGACGAGAAAAUCGAUGCCCCGAGGGAAGACGUCCAGGGAGUGUACUUCAAGCUACCACAUAAGGAUGGUCCGACAGCGAGGUGCACCAACCCCAUGGCCAAGAGCUAUCUGUCAUACUUCGAGAGCGGGGCGCUCUCGUCCACAUACUCCUACGCUAAGGAGGCGCUGGAAAUGAACGCAUCCUGUUCAUACUGGAUCAGCGCACGAGACCGGAUUAUGUCUCAGAUGGUUGUCUACGGCGAUGAUCUGGCGAACAACAAGAAGACCGGGGCAGAAAUCCCAAGCGACCAGGGAUUCAUUCUCCCGCAGGUCAUCCCGAUGGGGACGAUCACCAGGAGAGCCGUCGAGAACACGUGGCUCACGGCCAGCAAUGCUAAGAAGAACAGGGUAGGAUCGGAGUUGAAGGCCAUGGUCAAGGCCCCACCGGGCUACAGCUUCGUCGGUGCCGAUGUCGACUCGGAAGAGUUGUGGAUCGCGAGUUUGAUGGGGGACGCUACCUUCAAGCUCCACGGCGGCAAUGCCAUCGGCUUCAUGACCCUGGAAGGCACAAAGGCGGCAGGCACCGAUCUCCACUCCCGGACGGCUAGCAUCCUCGGCAUCACGAGGAAUGAUGCCAAGGUGUUCAACUACGGCCGUAUUUACGGCGCGGGGUUGAAGUUCGCCGCGCAGCUCCUGCGCCAGUUCAACCCGACGCUGUCGGAGAAGGAGACGCUGGAGAUCGCGUCUAGACUGUAUGCCAACACGAAAGGGACCAAAACGAACAGGAAGAUCUUGCACAAGCGACCCUUCUGGCGGGGCGGGACCGAGUCGUUCGUUUUCAACAAACUCGAGGAGUUUGCGGAGCAAGAGCGACCACGGACGCCCGUGCUAGGCGCGGGCAUCACCGAGGCGUUAAUGGGGCGCUACAUCAACAAAGGCGGCUACCUCACUUCCCGCAUCAACUGGGCCAUUCAGUCUUCGGGCGUCGACUAUCUCCAUCUCCUCGUCGUGGCCAUGGACUACUUGACGCGCCGUUUCAACAUCGAUGCUCGUGUCGCCAUCACUGUCCAUGACGAGAUCAGAUACCUGGUGAAGAACGACGACAGGUAUCGUGCGGCCAUGGCGCUGCAGGUCGCCAACAUUUGGACGAGGGCCAUGUUCGCCGAGCAGGUCGGCAUCCACGACCUCCCGCAGUCGUGCGCAUACUUCUCCGCCAUCGACAUCGACCACGUCCUGCGCAAGGAGGUGGACAUGGACUGCGUCACGCCCAGUCACCCGACCUCCAUCCCGCCGGGUGAAAGUAUUGACAUCCAGACCCUUCUGGACAAGGGGUCCGAGGCGCACCUCGACCCGAAUAUCGUCCCGGACCCGGCACGCGCGCCCAAGCUGGACGGUAUCCCCUACACGCCGCGGACGCCCGUGAUGGCUUCGCUCCAGCAAGCCGAGAAACACGACCUCGCGUUCCUCCGGGCGCAGAUUGCCGAGAACGAGAAGGAACUCGGCGAGAUCAUGAAGGAGCAGCGGAAGACGCUCCCUGCUGCGAUGACGAAGAAGACGGGCAAGGGCCGGCUGCCGUACUACUCGUACCCUUCGCUGGUCCCGACCGAGGAACCGCUGACGGUGUCGGCUGCAUUGGGCAACAAGUUCAUGCGAUAUGAUGGCAAGGCCAAGUGGGAUUGGAAGAGGGCGAAGAACGGCGUUGGGCGGACUGGGCCGACCUCUAGGCUAUAGGCCAAGUUUCCUCUCUGGGUGGGAACAUUUUUUGCUUUUGAAGCUGGAGAAGGGGAGCUGUACGGUGUAUGAGUAUCAUUGUAUGAUCACGGUAACAUACAGGACGGCCGGGACACCGUCUCUAGGGAUUUCAUUUGUUUCAAUGGCUUCUUGGUGGGGGGUGUAGGCACUUCAAAACGACUGGAAAGGGGGGAUGAGCGAAGGGGAUGCUCGCAAGCGCAAGGCGUUGGAUUCGGACGACUACCUACUUGUACAGACACCAUGCUGGAGGAAUAUCGAACUACCUCUCCUGUACUGUUAUUACACUAUUGUGGACAAUGCUAAUUAAUCUUUGAAGAAAUCACUGGCCUUCUGGUUAAGAUAUCUAUGCCUAU